AUGUCUUCCACCGACACCCCACCGCCUGCAGCGGUUCCUGCGCACGUCCAGGCGAUGGACGACGAUGACCCCAAGGAGUACAAGCCGAGCCCCAAGGUCGCCGUUGUCGUGGCCGGCGCUGCCUUUGCACUGACGACCGGUUUGACGCUCAUGGUCUUCCCGUUUGUGAGGCAGGCGGCCAAGAUGUCCCAGAGGACCGAGUUCAUGUCGCACGCACACCGCUCCAGGCCAUUGAGGACUCCCCGUGUUCCCAUCCAGGCCGCACCUCUCACCACCACUGCUCCUGCACCUGCUCCUGCUCCUGCUGCACCCGCCCCCGCUUUGGUAGCUCCCGCAGCCCUCACCUCAGCGUCCACCUCUACUCCUAUCGCUACUGUCCCACAAUAUGAACCGGUCCACCCCGUUCUUGAGGCUGCCCGUGAAUUCAACGACAAGGAGGAGGACUCGCUCUGGGGUCCGACCAUUGUCGACGAGGAAGGCAAGGAGGUCGAGCCCGCUUCUCCCUUCCUCGGCAUCCAGGCCCUGGGUAUCGCAACAGCACUGGUUGGUGGAUUCACCGCCCUUGGCGUGUGGGUGACUGCCAAGGUUCUCGGUGUCAGCAGCAUGGAGGAGUUUACGGCCAAGAUGCGCGAGAACGUGGAAGAGUCCAUGCCCGAGUUCAUUGAGAAUGUCCGCCGCGAGAGCGAGGAGCCUGCCCCCGAGAUCCCGGACCUGCUCGACCGGAAGGGUAUCGAUCUGCACGAGGGCAAGCUCUACGCAUUUGUCAAGAGCUGGGGCUACGGCGACGAGGACAAGUAG